ACAACCAUCUGCACGACAAGACAAAGCAUUUUUUAAAGGAAAGAAGCAUUCAUCAAUAAUUGUCUCCUUCUGUCUGUAUUUCUCUCUCAGCUUUUUCAGUAUUUCUCCAAUCUGCUUCUUCAAGGAGACAAGAAAUGGUGGAAGAAGGCACAGAGCGGGGACCAGCAACUGAACCAUUGAUUGUCAAUCGCUACAAUGGUAAUGGUGUACCAUCAAGAAAGUCCAGUGCCAUAACAUCAUCUCUUGUUCUUGGCAUCACUGUUGCAGCCAGUGCUUCCUUUACUUGUGGUUAUUCUGGUGGAUAUUCAUCACCUGCAGAGUCUGGAAUCAUAGAUGAGUUGGGUCUCUCAGUGGCAGAGUAUUCAGUUUUCGGUUCAAUAUUGACAAUAGGAGGAAUGUCAGGUGCAAUAGCUAGUGGAAGAAUAUCAGAUUUCUUUGGUCAUAAAAUUACCUUCUGGAUAUUGAAUAUAUUCUACAUCAUGGGAUGGCUAGCUAUAGCGUUUUCCAAGGAAGCUUGGUCACUGUAUCUUGGAAGGCUUUCACUGGGAUUUGGGACUGCAGUAUUUAAUUAUGUGGGACCUGUUUAUGUAGCAGACAUAACUCCAAAGAAUCUUAGGGGAGGAUUUUCAUCACUAGUUCAGGCAAUGACAAUUUGUAGCAUUUCAGUCGCAUAUUUUGUUGGUUCUAUCACCUAUUGGCGCAUCUUGGCUCUAAUCGGUGUCAUUCCUUGUAUAAUACAGGUCAUAUGUUUAUUCUUUGUUCCAGAAUCUCCUAGAUGGCUUGCCAAAAACGGUCGAGACAAUGAGUUCGAAACUUCUCUUAAAUGCCUCAGAGGAAUGAAUGCUGAUAUUUGUCAAGAAGCAGAUGAAAUCCAUGAUUAUACCAAAAACUUGCAACGCAGCUCUGGCUAUAAGAUUCUGGAUCUGUUCAGUUCGAAAUAUGCUUAUUCGGUCAUUGUUGGAGUUGGCUUGAUGCUGCUACAACAACUGGGGGGUUACAAAGGAUUUGCUUAUUAUGCAAACAGCAUUUUUUAUUUAGCUGGGUUUCCAAGCACUACAGGAAUUAUAGCAGUGGCUGUAACACAGAUUGUGAUGAACAUUCUCGGUAUACUUUUAAUCGAUACAUCUGGGAGACGGCCUCUUCUAAUGGUUUCCAUUGUUGGUGCAUUCUUUGGUUGCUUCCUUACAGGCCUGUCAUUCCUCUUGCAGGAUCUUCAUUGCUUGGAGGAGAUCACUCCAAUUUUGGCAUUUAUUGGCAUCCUGAUAUACAUGGGAUUUUAUUCAUUAGGGAUGUCAGGAAUCCCAUGGAUUAUAAUGUCAGAGAUAUUUCCUGUAAAUAUAAAGGGCUCAGCUGGAAGUCUUUGCAACCUGGUGAACUGGUUUUGUUCUUGGGUUGUUUCUUAUACUUUCAACUUUUUACUUCAAUGGAGCUCUGCUGGAACAUUCUUCAUAUUUUCAAGCAUUUCUGGGCUAGCUAUCAUAUUCAUUGCAAAGCUGGUGCCGGAGACCAAGGGGCGAACACUAGAAGAAAUCCAAGCAUCAAUUACUCGCGGUGUACAAUAACAAAUACAGGAAUAACUGACUAAUAUAAUCAUGUGGCCUUGAUCCAAGCAGAGUUAGUGGUGUAGGCUUGCAAGUCAGUCUGCCUUGUUUCAGGCUUGGCAAACAAAUGUUAAAAGCUUGAUGGACAGCAGGAAAGGUUUCACGGUCCUAGAAAGCAGCAUGAAAGUCGGCUGUGUAUAAGAAUCGGCUUUGAAAUAUAAGUGUUUAGAUUAUUUUUAAAUUGUAAGAUAUUUUCGUGGGAUAAAAUUGUGAAGUUUAAUGAGUUGAAAGUGGAUAAUAUCUUAAGUUGAUUUGAAUCAUGAUAUUUGAUAUCAGAGUCGGUUAUGAAGUAUUAGCAAUUUGUCAUGGUAGUCCUUUAUUAGAGUGAGGAUGAUGUUUUGUAUUAAAACUGGUUUUAAGAUAUAAGUAUUUAUAUCAUCUUUUAAUUUAUGAAAUAUUUUUUU